AUGUUCUUGAAGCAGGCAGGCAAUAGACGUUUGUCCCUAACACUGCUGUGGUGUUUGCUUCACACGAUAUGUCUGCAUAGCAUCUGUGGAGGAAAUAUCUCCGGGGGGGUCUACAAAUUCGGUGCAGUAAAGGUGCCAGUUCAGUUAUCCUCUCCUUCCACAAGAAUAAUAACCAAGUGGAGAAAAAACAUAGGAGGAAGAAGGAAUGUGGACUACUCACAUUUUAUAAGGAAUACAAAUAUAUGUCAAAGGAAAAAGAGAAAAUCUAUUCCCAUAUAUAGCAGAAAAUGUAGUGGAUAUCGAAAUACCAGAGAAGGGAAAAAUGAAAUGAUAAGAAAAAUAAAAAGAAUUUUAAAAGUAACAAAACUAUUGAUACAGUUGAAUAGUUUCAAGUUAACUCCAAAUAUGAGGAUGGAUUUGUUGAUAAAUUUGCCCAGACCACAUGUACGUGUUCAUAUGGUUAAGAAUACGUUAAUGAAGCUAGCUGUUGAAAACACGCCAUUUGAAGCAAUCGUACCCUACCUGAAGGAAAGCAACAUCUAUAUGUUUAUCAUGGAUGAAAAAUACAUAGCCUUUACUCUCUAUGGAAAUAAAUCUUUCAGUUCAAUGUAUAAGGAAUACAAAAUAAACAACUGUAUCAAAAUGUCUGUUUAUGAAAAUACAAUUUUGAACAAGAGUGAAACGGAAAAUUUAAUAAAUUUAAAAACGCACAGUUUUUAUUUUGGACAAGUGGUGAACAAACUGGUCCAAUUAAUUGGGGACAUCCCUCGCUCCAUUAUGCAGGUCCCCGCCUCCAUAGCACGCGGUAUUUAUUUGCACACACAGAAGGGCACGAGUGAAGGGCAGACACAGUGA